UUCGCUUCCUUUCUCUGAUUGCCAUCUCUUGUUAUUUUCUUCCCAGCUACUCUAUCUUUCUGACCCCAAAAAUACAAAAGCCUUUUUGAGCCCUUUUCUCACUAUUUCUCUCUCUCCAUCUCUUGCUUUUGUUGGAGCUUUUUUCAAGUCAAGCAUGCAGAUAUUGAGAUAACUUUGAACACCAAGAAAAGCUCCUUGUGAAAACUAUAGGUUUUCCUGUCAACGUGUUUAUUUUUCUUUCUUCCCCAAUUUCUAUUGAUUAUUCGUCUUCACAUUCGAAAAAGAUCGAGUUUUUAUUAAGCGAGAUAUAGGGGAGGAGAGAGAGGGAUAGAGAAGGAAGAGCAAAGCAGCAAAAACACAAGAGUUUUUCUUGGCUUGCCUUCUUUCUCUUUCUUUCUCUCACUAAGAACACCACACAGAGAGGCAGCAAGAGACAUUUGGAUUUGUGGCCUUGUGUCUCUUCUACCUCUUUUCUUUCUUCUUUUUCUCCGACUUUCUGCAAAACAUUUUAUACUAUUUCUUGAAACAAAUCAAAAGAGGGAUUUUGAUUUAAUGAAUUUUGGGGAUUUUCUCGAUAACAAUUCUUGUAGUGGCGGCGGGGCAAGAAUUGUUGCUUUUAGUAAUAACAACAACAUGCCCGGCGGCGCAAUCCUCACUCAGUCUCUCUCUGCCAAGCCCAUGUUCAACUCUCCCGGCCUCUCUCUAGCCCUACAGACGAGCAUGGAGGGGCAAGGAGAGAUUGCGAACAAUGUUGGUGGGAGAAGGAGCAGAGACGAAGAGCCCGAGAGCAGAUCUGGCAGCGACGCAUCUGGUGAUGAUCAAGACGCCGCCGACAAACCGCUGAGGAAGAAGAGAUACCACCGACACACUCCUCAACAAAUCCAACAGCUCGAGUCACUGUUCAAGGAGUGCCCUCACCCUGACGAAAAGCAAAGAUUGGAGCUUAGCAAACGCCUCUCUCUCGAUAUCAAACAGGUCAAGUUCUGGUUCCAAAAUCGAAGAACCCAGAUGAAGACGCAACUCGAGCGGCACGAGAACUCGAUUCUCCGGCAAGAAAACGACAAGCUCCGAGCAGAAAACAUGUCGAUUAGGGAGGCGAUGCGCAACCCCAUGUGCACCAGCUGCGGCGGCCCCGCCGUGAUCGGCGAUGUUUCCCUGGAGGAGCAGCACAUCAGGAUCGAGAAUGCCCGCCUCAAGGACGAGCUCGACCGCGUCUGCGCCCUCGCCGGGAAGUUCCUUGGCCGCCCCAUGCCCAACUCCACCUUGGACCUCGGGGUCAUCCCCAGCCCGCUGCCCAAGCCCGUGAAUCCGGUGGAGAAGUCCAUGUACUUGGAGCUGGCGUUGGCAGCAAUGGAUGAGUUGGUGAAGAUGGCUCAAAGUGAGGAGCCGCUUUGGAUUAGGGGAUUGGAUGGUGGGAGAGAGAUGUUGAAUCAAGAAGAGUACUUGAGAGCUUCCUCUCCCUGCAUCGGCAUGAAGCCCAGCGGCUUCGUCACCGAGGCCUCUCGGGAGAUCGGGAUGGUCAUCAUCAACAGCUUAGCUCUCGUUGAGACAUUGAUGGACUCUAACAAAUGGGCCGAGAUGUUUCCUUGUUUAAUUGCAAGAACCUCAACUACACAAGUCAUCUCUAGUGGCGUGGGUGGAACAAGGAAUGGUGCACUUCAACUGAUGAAUGCUGCACUUCAAGUUCUGUCGCCGUUGGUGCCGGUGAGGGAGGUGAACUUCCUCCGGUUCUGCAAGCAGCAUGCGGAGGGCGUUUGGGCUGUCGUGGACGUGUCAGUCGACAACAUCCGGGAGGCUCACGCGUUCCCCAGCUGCCGGAGGCUCCCCUCUGGCUGCUUGGUGCAAGAUAUGCCUAAUGGCUAUUCCAAGGUCACAUGGGUGGAGCAUAUCGAGUAUGAUGAGAGCGUUGUCCACCAGCUCUACCGGCCACUGGUCAGCUCCGGCAUGGGCUUCGGUGCCCAACGGUGGGUUGCCACCCUCCAACGCCAGUGCGAGUGCCUCGCCAUCCUCAUGUCCUCCACAGUGCCCGCCCGGGAUCAUUCAUCUGCGAUCACGGCAGGCGGCAGGCGGAGCAUGCUGAAGCUGGCCCAGCGCAUGACCAACAACUUCUGCGCUGGCGUGUGCGCGUCGUCGGUGCAUAAGUGGAACAAGCUGCAGACGGAGAACGUGGACGAGGACGUGCAGGUCAUGACCCGCAAGAGCAUUGACGACCCUGGGGAGCCACCCGGGAUCGUGCUCAGCGCGGCCACCUCCGUGUGGCUGCCCGUGUCUCCUCAGAGGCUGUUCGACUUCCUCCGCGAUGAGCAACUGAGGAGCGAGUGGGAUAUACUCUCCAACGGUGGGCCCAUGCAGGAGAUGGCUCACAUUGCCAAGGGCCAAGACCAUGGCAAUUGUGUCUCGCUGCUACGUGCUAGUGCGGUGAACACGAACCAGAGCAGUAUGCUGAUAGUGCAGGAAACGUGCAUCGACGCGGCGGGUUCGCUUGUGGUGUACGCGCCGGUGGACAUCCCAGCGAUGCACGUGGUGAUGAACGGCGGAGAUUCGGCAUACGUGGCGCUGCUGCCGUCGGGAUUCGCGAUCGUACCCGAUGGUGUAAGCGGGUCGCUGCUGACGGUGGCGUUCCAGAUUUUAGUGAACAGCCUCCCGACGGCAAAGCUGACGGUGGAGUCGGUGGAAACGGUGAAUAACCUAAUCACGUGCACCGUUCAAAAGAUCAAGGCCGCCCUCCAAUGCGAGAGCUGAUGAUUUCAAUUUUUCGCUUUUCUUUUGAGAGUAGUACUACAUUUUAACGUGUUGUAUUAGUGAGUUGUUCGAUUGUGUGAUUGAGGGGAUGAGUCAAGAACGAACCGUGGUGGUGCGGCACAAUGCUGCUGGUUCGGGUAUUGACUCUACCCACUUUCUGUAAACUUGAUUCAUUCUUCCUUUUUCACUCAUUAACAAUUUUUUUCAAUUACGUACCAA